GACGCGCUAGUUUAAAAAAACGUUCAUUGGCUCCUAAUACUGUCAAUCAUCGAUAUUUUCCGGCAAAAUAUCGCGGGAAAGUUGAGCGCUGAUAACAACAUCACGAGCCUGUUCAGUCGGCUUGGUUGAUAAAAUAAGACCAAAGUGUCAAAUUACAGGUAAUUACAAUAUGAGGACUUUCGAAGAGGUUCAAGCUACACUACAAAUCGCUAAAGUAAAAGAAGAGGACUUGCAGCCUAUCACUUUCUGCCUUUCUUUCGGGGAUAAUGUGUCGUCCGGUGAUUACUGUCUAAUGGAGCUGGAUGAUACUCUCUGUAAACACAUUGAAGCAGGCAAAAGUCUUGUAAUCAGAGGUGACAAAGAUGAGCAUGCAGUCCUAUGUAGUGAAGACAAGACAUACGACUUGAAAUAUGCGGACACGUCGAAUCUGCUGCUGUUUGUUCCAGGGUGCAAAACUCCAGAACAGAUGCCUGACAAGCCAGAAUCUUCCGAACUCAUGCAUGCACAGAUUUGGGGAUUUUCUAAUUGUUAUUGGGAAUUGAGAAGGCAGAGACCAAAGUUAAAGAAACUGAAGAAGUUGUUGAUGGAGAAUCCAUAUGAUGGUCCACUGGUCGGCAUGCUAGAGGAGAAGCCAGGGCAGAAGUACACAAUGGAUGACCUUCUUGAGAUAAUCCAAUCUAGUAAAGAAGAAAUUGAGGCACAUCUUCAAAAUAUUCAUGCAUGUGAAGUUGACGGAUUUUGGAGGAUCCUGGAUUUUGAUUAUGAGAUGAAGCUCCUGGGUCAUGUGACCCAGCUGGUGGACUCAGAGUCUUGGUCUUUCAGCAAAGUUCUUCUCAGUGUCUCUCUAGAUGAGCUGGGAUCCCUUGAACCAAAAGCCAUGAUAGAACACUGUCUCAACUGUUAUGGAAGACGCUACAGUAAUGAAGAAGGUCAGGUGAUGUAUGCAUUGGAUGAGGACAAAGUAUGUAGAGCCACAGCUCAGCUGCUACUGCAAAAUGCUAUGAAGUUCAACCUGUCAGAGUUCCUGGAGGUGUGGCAGCAGAGUGUUCCUGAGGGAAUGAGCACUAGACUGGAUCAGCUCAGGGGUUUAGCACUGCUGGACCGGAACUCUAAACCACAGACCAUCUCACUGCUAUGUGUAGAAGAUCUGCCUGAGGACACACUGGAACGAUUUAACAGUCUCUUCAGCAUGAGAGAGAAAUGGACACAAGAUGACAUUGAACCCUAUAUACAAGAUCUGUGUGGAGAAAAGCAGACCACUGGAGCUCUCCUGACCAAACAUGCCCGCUCGUCUAUGCAAAAUGGUAUAAAGGUCUUUAAUUCAAGAAGACCAGUAGCUACUUGAGAUCAAAAUAAGUCAUUUUUUUCUCAAUACAAUAAACAUACAUUAAAUAUCAUUGUUAUGCGUGGAUUGUUAUGUUAAGGCCUCUUGUGUCCUAUAUCUCUCUAUGUAUUUGAGCAGUUGCUGUGACAUUGGUUUCACUGUCCCUUCAUAAAAAUAUAGAUUUCUUUUUUUAAAUAUAUGUACAUCUGGGAUUUCAUGAUGAAUGAAGUGUUUUGUUAUCAACUUUAUUUUAUAAAUAAGAAUCUAAUUCAAUUAAUAAUUCUUUUGUUAAACAUUUUUUUGGGAAACAAAUGCCACUUCUAAAUAUAAUUCACUGAAAAAAAUAUGGUAAUUCUUUCAACGUUGUCUCGAGUCCCACAUUUCCUAGAAUAAAAU